AUGUUUAGCUACUUGGUACUGGUCUAUUUAGUCGUUCAUCUACACAACGCUCAGGGGAAUGCAGUCAACAAUGAAGUGAUUAAUGACAAAGAAAUGUCAUUAGCAUUUGUUGUUAAUCGACAUGGAGAACGCACGCCUAGCGUUAAUGAACUGUCACUUUCCGGCGAAAAGGAAAAACUGAAGAACCUUACGUAUAUUGAAGGCUUCAGUGGACUAACAAACGUCGGUAAACGUACAGCUUACCAAAUCGGAAAGUUUAUCCGACAUCGUUAUGGCUCCCAAGGAUUUCAAUUGUUAUCAAACAUCUAUCAUCAAAAUGAGAUAUCAGUUAGGAGCACGGGAAAGGAGCGAACAAAAAUGACGGCUGGGGUCGCAUUGGCAGCGGUGUACCCUCCAGAAGUAGCUCAACAGUGGGACGAAGUUUUGGGCAAGGUUUGGCAGCCGGUACCAUACUCUGCAUUGCCUUUAUCGGAAGACUAUCUGCUUUAUUUCACCAACUGCAAAAGGUUCAAGGACUUACUGGAGAAUGUCAAAAAAGAAUCGAUUCAUGAAGAGUUUGUUAUGUUCAAUGACCUGAUACCUAUAUUGAAAACCCAAACAGGGCGUAACUUCACUGAGAACCCGAUGCUGUUCCUGACAAUAAUACAAUUGUUUAGAAGUCAGGUCGCCCUCGGCAUACAUGUACCGCAAUGGGCUAAGCCCAUUUUAGCUCGACUUGAUGAAGCAUCGAUAUUAGCGUAUAAGUUGUUCUGUAAGACUGAUGAAAUGAAAAGAAUUGGUGGAGGUGUUAUGUUAAAUGAUUUCAUCUCAGCUGCAAACGAGAUCAUAGCUGGCAAGACCGUCACGAAGAGGUUUCGAUUAUUCUCGGCCCACGACUUCAACGUUCGUGCACUGAUGGACGUUACGAAUAUCACACAGAGCGAGCAAAUCGCCCCCGACUAUGGAUCUCUAUUUGCCAUUGAGCUGUACAAAUCCAAGAGCAGUGGACAAUUCACUGUUUUGCCGGUGUAUCUGCCAAAAGCUGGUGAGUCGGACGCCCAGUACCUGCACUUCACAGGCUGCGAAAACGACAAUUACUGUGACUACAAGCAUUUCGCUGAUCUCACCAAGGAGUACCUUCUACCAGAGAAGGAGUUUUACAAAAUCUGCAACAUCAAGACGGAACUGUAG